GUCGCCAUGAUUGUUACCUCUAGCAACCAAUAGUUCGAAGCAGUGUGUGCAGUUGGAGGUUGACAAUUUUUUUAAUUUGCCUCCUUAAGUUAGCAAUGGAAUCACAACACCAAGAAGAAACGUUUGAAGUUCCGAGGCUUCAAUUGGAAUCUGUUGUCGGAUUUAAUGGAACUGUAACAAAUGGACUGAAGGUGCAUCCUGAUAGACAACACAUCAUCUACCCCUUGGGCUGUGCUGUGGUGAUCGAAGACAUAAGUGGCAAUGGAAAACCUAGCCUGCUCUGGGGACACACAGAUUAUGUCACCUGUAUAGCUAUAUCAAACAGUAAUGGAGAUCUACUUGCCUCUGGUCAGAAGACACACAUGGGGUUUAAGGCUGCAGCUAUUGUAUGGGACUACAAAUCACAGCGGGCACUCUACAAGCUUGAGCUUCACAAAGUGAAUGUGCAGGCUUUGGUUUUCUCCCCCAACGAUCUGUACCUUGCUUCACUCGGAGGCUGUGAUGAUGGGAGUGUUGUGAUUUGGGACAUGAAGAAUGGCCAGCCUAUCUGUGGUUCCCCGGCCCAGGUGGAGAGUGCAGGCAACACUCUCUGUAUCAGCUUCUCAAAGACACGUGAUGACGUCUUUGUCACAGGUGGAGAGUCGACACUACGUGUGUGGGAGCUAGAUGUGGAGAAUAGGAAGAUCAGACCCUCUGAUGUUGACAUGGGUCAGAUCAAACGCAGAGUCGAGUGCAUUUCGAUGGAUGACUCAAACCAUGACAGUCCAUUCUUCUUCUGUGGUACCUCUACUGGUGACAUAUUGGCAAUCAACAUGAAAACCAAACGCUUCCAGUUCAAGGCACCUGAGAAAAACAACUUUGAAAAUGGAGUAACUGCCCUUGCACAUCUGAAGAACAGCAAUUUCCUUGUGGGAACUGGCUGCGGCAAGCUAUAUGAGCUGAAAUUCCCUCUACCAACGACAGACAGCAAGGCUAAGCCAAGCAAACCCAAGGAAAUCAGGUGUUGGCAAGAUGAGACUGUGAAGAGCAACCGAGAUGCAGCCAUCACAUCCAUUUCUCUCAGGGGGGCAGGCCAUCAGUUCUUUGUGGGGACUGCCAAUGCUAGAAUGUACAAAUUUGGUUAUGAGAGCUCCGACAAAUCUGGUGUUCCUACAUUUGAUACUUGUGAACUUACAAAAACCUGCCACUCUGCUCGUGUGAAUGAUGUCAUCUUCCCUCCUGGCACCUCUGACCUUGUGCUCACCUGCCAGAAGGAGCAGAUCAGAAUCUGGGCCUUGAAGAACAUGAAGGAGCUCAAGAGACACAUUGUACCCAACAUGACAUGCAAUGCCAUCACUCUCGCUUGCAAUGGACAGGCCAUUGUCUCUGCUUGGGACGAUGGAAUCAUUCGAGUGUUUGGCUUCAACGGUAAAUCAAACAAUGAUCUGGUCCUGAGGAAGGCAAUCAGUGCGGCACACAACAAGGGAGUUACAGCCCUUGCCUGCACACAGAAUCUCGGAUACCAGGGCCAGUGGGACUUCAAGAUUGUGUCUGGUGGUGGCGAGGGCCAGGUGAGGAUCUGGCAGUUCCGCUGGGACGGGCGUGGCGAUCCUAGCUACACCUUGAUGGAUACGCUCAAGGAGCACAAAGGGUCUGUGUCCGAUAUCAAGAUCCGUAGAGAUGACAGAGAGUGUGUGUCGGCCAGCACUGAUGGAACAUGUAUCAUAUGGAACCUUGAGAAGCGGUCCAGAAGCCAGAUCGUGUUUGCCAACACGUUGUUCAAGUGUGUCUGCUACAACAAAGAUGAGACCCAAAUCUUUACCAGCGGUACAGACCGCAAGAUUAGUUACUGGGAAUGCUAUGACGGCUCUCAGAUUCGCGACCUAGAGGGAUCCCUGACUGGGGCUGUUAAUGCCAUGGACCUUUCACUAGAUGGCCAAUACUUUGUCACUGGUGGUGAUGACAAACUCUUGAAGGUGUGGACAUACAACGAUGGUGAGGUGGUUGCCGUGGGUACAGGUCACAGCGCUACCAUUGUGCGUAUCAAAAUCUGCCCCCAGCAGAAGUACAUCACCAGUGUCAGUGAGGAUGGGGCCGUGCUGGUCUGGAAGUUUCCGUUCUAGGCCCGGCUAUUGAGCAUGCUUAGAUACAUGUACUUAGUGUUGAUCAAUUACUGUUUGUUGACUGGGCUCUUAAGUCAACCUGUGAACAUUACAUCGAGUUCAGAACAAUGUUCCUUUAUGCCUGAUUAGAAAGUAGACUCAUUUUUUGUCUGAUAAUAUUAACGGUUUUUGUUGUUUACUUAAAAAAGCAAUUUUUGUGUGUAUGACCUGGUGAAAGAAUGUGUAGGUUUUUUUAGAUUUUGCAUUAUUGAGUUGGAUUAAACAAGUGAAUAUUCAUUAAUAUAUUUAACUAUGCUUGAGUAUUGUUCUUUUACCUGUGUCAUGAACAUCAAAACAGUUUAAUUAACUAUGAUUUAAAUUGUCUCCUUAGAACUGUUCUUAUAAUUAAAUUGAGCAUGGUGGUUAAAAUGAAUGUUUACUCAGACAUUUUGGUGUUUUUUUAAUCUCAAUGAAUGAUAUAUUAUUACAGUCCACACAUUUAGCAAUUAAGAUAUUCAAACAAGAGAUUUAUUUACAGGGAAUAUUCAGUCUAUUUCAUGUAUUAUGUGUAAUUGAAUUAUAUUGUUAUAUAAAACUUGGCAAAUACUGUGAUAAUUAAUAUACUAUGUGCUUUACAACUAUUUUUUGUGCUACAUGUAGCAAGCUUAUAAUAAUUACAAAGUGAAGAAUGGGAAUGGACUCUUGUAUUAAUCAAAAUGUUUACCUUCACUUGAUGUUUGUAUAAUUUAUUACAAGUUUCAGUACUUAACCCACCCACUAUUGAACAUUUAUAUUGCGUGUCAAACAAAACAUCAAAUAAUGGAAAAUAUUUAAUGUUAUGUGAGAAGUUGUUCUCUUUUGUUUAUCUUUCUUACUAGGAGGGUUAGCAAUCCAUUUUUUGUAAUGCUUGUCUGUUUGUAUUAUUUGGAUUGUGUUUUUAAGAAAUAAAAUGUUUUUGUUUCAUUUGUACAUUCAAUUGCAUUUUAAAUUUACUUGCUAUAUAAUAUGAAUUUGUGCAUAUUUAAAUAAAGUAUAAAGUAUCUA